UCCGAGCGCCAAGGAGCGGAGCGCUCUCUGCUGCCCCGAACCUUCCUCUGGACCGAAAAAGGGAGCGGAAGACCGAGCAAAGGGGUCGAUCGAGGGUGCAAGGCAAGCGGGGCGCCGACCAGGGUCAGCCCCAGCCCGCGCCCUCGCCUCUGGCCGGGCGGGCAGCGGUUCACUUCUUGAACUGAGAUGGACAUGAUAUAAUUCCUUUGAGUCAAAGGAUGGCAUCCAGUCCUGUGCUUCCUGCCUGAAGAUGAGCAGGUUUCCUUGGGCAUCGACGAUCUCCACAUUUCACUGCAAGCUGAACAGGAAGACACUCAGAAGAAAACUUUCACCUGCUGGAUAAACUCACAGUUGGCAAAGCACACUCCUCCCUCAGUUAUAUCAGACCUAUUCACAGACAUUAAAAAGGGGCAUGUCCUCCUCGACCUGCUAGAAGUGCUCUCAGGACAACAGUUGCCUCGAGAUAAAGGAUCUAAUACAUUCCAGUGUAGAAGCAAUAUAGAACAUGCCCUGACAUUCCUAAAAAACCAAUCAAUCAAGCUAAUAAAUAUUCAUGUUACUGAUAUUAUAGAUGGAAACCCAUCCAUUAUUCUUGGCCUAAUUUGGAAAAUUAUACUGCACUUUCAUAUUGAGGAACUUGCCCGGACUCUUUCUUGUAAUUACAAUCCACCUUCCCUGGACAAUGUGAGUGACAUCGAGUCAUCUCCUACCUCAAGUCCAGCUAAGAAAUUCUCCAAAGCUCAAAAAAGAUGGCAGAUGUCUGCAAAAAAGGUUCUUCUCUUGUGGGCUCAGGAGCAAUGUGCCACGUACGAGUCUGUCAGUGUGACAGAUUUUAAGUCGAGCUGGAGAAAUGGGAUGGCUUUUUUGGCUGUCAUUCAUGCCUUGCGACCAGACCUAAUUGACAUGAAGAGUGUGAAGCAUAGAUCCAACAAAGACAAUCUGAAAGAGGCCUUCAGAAUUGCAGAACGAGAAUUGCAAAUCCCCAAAUUGCUGGAACCAGAAGAUGUGGAUGUUGUUGAUCCUGAUGAAAAGUCAAUCAUGACCUACGUGGCACAAUUUCUACAGUAUUCAAAGGAUGUACCUGGGACUAGAGAGAAAGCUCAGGGCAAGAUGAAAGAUGCUAUGGUCUGGUUAACUCUACAAGAGAAAAAGCUACAGAAGAUGUUAAAGGAUUCAGAAAAUGAGACCUACUGUAAAAAGUUUGAAAGCCUGCUAUCCUUUUUGGAGUCAUUCAAUGAAGAAAAAGAAUCGUUUUUGGACAUCCCGUUGGUAAAAGGGAAUCUGGAUGAGCUGAAUGAAGAUCAGUUACAGUUGCGAAAAGCCUGGGAUGGCCUCAACUACCAGAUGAAUGUGUGGAAAACAAAGCUGAAUCAUGACUUACCCUCGCCCCUCCAUCAAAUUGAAGCUUGGCUUCAGGAGAUAGAGAAGCUUAUAGAUGAAGAUUUGCCCGCCUCCCAGGAUUACUCUGAAACCAUGGUUCUACUGCAGGAGAACAUGACUUUAUUCAAGAGUCUGAUGGAUAAAUUUGACUGUCAUUUGAAUACUCUCCUGGCAUUUGAAAAUAGAGAUGAAAAACAUUUGCCUUUGGUACCACCUUACAAAUUGGAGGAAAUGAGAAGACGAUUCAGCAACAUUUCGGGGAAAAAAUUCAUUCCACUUCUGGAAUUUCAGUACUAUAAGUGCCCAGUCCUUCGUUUGCUAGAUGAAGUGAAGUCAAAAUUGGAUGUUUGGAACAUCAAAUAUGGGAGCAAAGAAUCUGUGGAAUUAUUGCUGGAAGACUGGCGUAAAUUUAUUGAAGAAAAAGAGUUCCUAGCUCAACUUGAAACUUCUUUUCAAAAAUGUGAAGAAAUUCAUAAGAAUUUGGGUGGAGAAUAUCAGAGUAUUAGUGAACAAUAUAUGAUGGUGGAAUAUAAUAUUUCUAUGUAUAGAAAAAGUAUAUAUAAUGUGAAGUCCACUCUGCAAAAUGUUCUAUCAUGUUGGACUACUUAUAUGGAAAAGCUUCGCUUACUAAAGGCUUGUUUUGAGGAGACAAAAAAGGAACAAAUUAAAGAGAUUUCCUUUGAAACACUAUCCCAAUGGAAUCUAGAACAUACCACUUUAAAUGAAGUUGGAAAUUUCUUAAUUCAAGUGAGCAAUGAUGAAGUUGGAUCAUCUAUUUCUAAAGAACUGAGAAGACUGAAUAAAAGAUGGAGAAAGUUUAUGCCAAAAACUCAGUUCGAAAUGAACCUGCCACUUAUUAAAAAACAGGAUCAGCCCAUUCUUGACAAUUCUGGAAAUAUUCAGCUAUCUAAAGAAGAAAAACCAGAUGCUGAUUUUUCAAUGGAUAUGUCAGUAGAACUUCCUGAAAAUCACAAUCAGAAUAUAAAGGCUGGGGAAGAACAUGAAAAAGAAAAUGAAGAACUCACAGGGCAAGUAAAAGUGGUUGAAGAGGUUGAAAAACUCAUCGGACAAGUGAAAAUCUGGGAGGCAGAAACCAAAUCUGUUUUGGAUCUUCUGAGACAUCAAGAUGAUGUAGACACCUCAAUGGAAGAAUCUUUACAGCAUCUUAUUGCCAAAGGCUCUAUGUAUGAAGAGCUUGUGUCUAGAAUGGAAGACACUUUACAACUGGAUGUACAAAAUAUUUCAAGCCAGGAGUCCCUCCAACAUGUUCUCACAGCUGGACUUCAGACAAAGAUUCAAGAAGCUAAAGAGAAAGUCCAGAUCAACAUGGUAAACUUAGUUGCAGUGUUGAAGAACUCGGCUGAUGUUUCACCAGACAUGGAUGUCAGGCUGAAAGUGGAAGAAUCACUGAAGGAACUUGAAUCAUACAUUACAAGGGCUGAGCAGUUACUUGGUCAGAGAGAGAGCCGGGGUGGACUAAUUACAAAGUAUAAGGAAGCACUAUUAAUUUUUAAUACUAAAAGUCUGGCUAAGUAUUUGAAAGCUGUUGAAGAACUGAAAAAUAAUGUAACUGAGGAUGUAAAGCUGUCUUUGGAAGAGAAGAGUAGAGAUGUCUGUGCCAAGUGGGAGUCUCUUCAUCAUGAAAUGUCUUUGUAUAUUCAACAACUAAAAAUAGACAUUGAAAAAGGAAAACUUAGUGACAGUAUUUCAAGACUUGAAAAACAAAUAAAUAAAGAAAAAAAACUAAUUCGCAGAGGAAGGACUAAAGGUCUCAUCAAGGAACAUGAGGCCUGCUUCUCUGAGGAAGGCAGUCUGUACCAGCUUGAUCACCACAUGGAUGUCCUGCGGGAGCUGUGUGAAGAGCUGACUUCACAGAAGCGUCAACAAGAAGUGAGGAGAGCACUCAAGGAUUAUGAGCAAAAGAUAGAGAGACUUCGAAAGUGUGCUUCCGAGAUUCACAUGACCCUGCAACCCACAGUGGGAGGCACGUCGAAAAACAAGGGUACCGUGAACACAUCUGAGAAUGGAGGAAGGAAUGGCCACAGUGAGGUGUCAUCUGCAAAAUCAGAUAAUCAGCCAUCAACUGAAAAGGCAGUGGAGUUGAUUAAGAAUUUGAGUCUGGAAUCAGAGUUAAAUCCUCAACAGGAAGAAAACAUGGAGAAGUUUGAGAAGGAUCACGAUACAUCUAUAAAUAGUUUACUAGAGAGGUAUGAUGCAUACAGAGAAACUCUUGAACUACACUUGCAAAAUAACAAAUUCAGGAUUACUUCUGAUUUCCCUAGUGAUAAGGAAAAGAGUAGUGCUUGUCUGCAGGAUAAACUGACAGAUCUACAGGUCUUAAAACAUGAAACUGAUGCUUGCUGGAAAGAGUUUGAAAUCACUUCACUGAAGUUAGAAGAGCUUGCAAGUGACAUUAAGAAGCCUUUUAUGAUUAAAGCAAGAGACAGAUUAAAGGGAAAAGAAAGAGAGUUUCAGAGGGCUCUUACUACCAGAAUGGAGUCUUUGGAGACUGCGCUGCAGAUUAUGUUACCUGUGGAGAAGGAAUCACUCCUUCUCUGUGGCUCAGACCUGCUUUUUCUCCAUGAAAUGGCCAUUCAAGAAUUUCAUCUCACUGAUGCUGAUGGCAUUUACCAAAACCUGAGGGAUAUCCAGGAUUCAGUAGCAAAGCAGAUUGAAAUCUGUAACAAUUUGGAGCAGUCGGGCAACUUUGUGUCCAAGGAAUUACACCCACUUGAUCUACAUGAGAUGCAGAAUAUUAUACUGAAACACAGAACACAACUCGAAGAAAUGAGCCACAGAGUCCAGAGGAGUAAAGAUGCCCUCAGGGCUCUGGAAGAUUUUUUGGCUUCUCUGAGAACAGCUGAACUCUCUGUUGAGAUGGUUACAGACCUUCCAGCCUCAGAUACACAGGUGGCACCAGAACAGACUUUGACAGUAAAAAAUAAAGAGGGAGAAAUUUAUCUGAUGAAAGAGAAAGCCAGACAUUUGGAUAAACGUUUGAAGAUGAUUGGGAUGAGCUUUAAAGAUGCUGAACGGGGUGGAGACACCUCCUGUGAAAAACUUCUUGAUGCUUUGUCCAAAAACUUACUUGAAACACGUAGUGGUGGACAGGAGAAACUCACCGAAGAAGACAAAUUACUGGAGGCCUGUGUUUUCAAAAAUAAUGAGCUCCUGAAAAAUAUUCAAGAUGUGUACAAUCAAAUCAGUAAAAUUGGUCUUAAGGAUCCGACUGUUCCAGCUGUAAAACAACGGAAAAAAUCACUAAUCAGACUGGAUAAGGACCUAGAUGAAUAUGAAGAAGAGAAGAAGCACUUGCAAGAGAUGGCUAAUUCUCUUCCACAAUUUAAAGAUGGCAGAGGAAAAGCUCUGAGGCAACAGUGCCAAAAUACAGCACUCUUGUGGGAGAACACAAAAGCUUCGGUCAUUGAAUCCCUUGACCAAUGUGAAAGAGUUUUGGAGCUCUUAAAACAAUAUCACAACUUUAAAAGUGUCUUGACAACUUUGAUUCAGAAAGAAGAGAAUGUCAUCUCCCUUCAGGCUUCGUACAUGGGUAAGGACAACCUGAAGAAAAGGAUAGCGGAGAUUGAAAUUGUCAAAGAAGAAUUUAAUGAACAUUUAGAAGUUGUAGACAAGAUUAACCAGAUCUGCAAAAAUCUACAAUUUCAUCUAAAUAAAAUGAGAACCUUUGAAGAGCCUCCUUUUGAGAAAGAAGCUAAUAUUAUUGUGGAUAGAUGGCUUGAUAUAAAUGAGAAGACAGAAGACUACUAUGAAAAUCUUGGCCGAGCUCUAGCUUUAUGGGACAAACUUUUCAACUUAAAAGAUGUAAUUGAUGAGUGGACUGAAAAGGUCCUUCGAAAAAUUGAAUUACAUCAACUGACUGAAGAGGAAAGAGAAAAGCUGAAGGAAGAGUUACAAGUCCAUGAACAAAAACCUUCAGAAUUUUCUAAAAGAGUGGCUAAAAUACAGUUUCUGCUUCAAAGCAGUGAAAUACCGCUUGAAUUGCAGGUCAUGGAAACCUCUAUUGUAAACAAGAUCGAACAAGUGAAAAUGCGUUUAGCAGGAGAAUCCAACGUUCCUGCCCUCAGUAGCAGCACAGCUGAGCUAAGGGAGGAUCUCGAUCAAGCCAAGACCCAGAUCGGGAUGACUGAAUCCCUCUUAAAAGCCCUGUCUCCUUCCGACAGCUUGGAGAUCUUUACGAAACUAGAGGAGAUACAACAGCAAAUUCUACAGCAAAAGCACAGUAUGAUGUUACUUGAGAAUCAAAUAGGUUGUCUGACUCCUGAACUCUCUGAAUUAAAAAAGCAGUAUGAAAGUGUCAGUGAUUUAUUUAAUACCAAAAAAAGUGUUUUGCAAGAUCACUUUUCUAAGUUACUAAAUGAUCAGUGCAAGAAUUUUAAUGACUGGUUCAGCAACAUGAAUAUGAACCUUAAGGAGUGUUUUGAAUCAUCAGAAACAAAAAAGAGUAUGGAACAAAAACUACAAAAACUUUCUGAUUUCUUGACUCUUGAAGGAAGAGGCAGUAAAAUACAGCAGGUGGGAACUGUACUGAAUCAUGUGAAGAAGCAUCUGCCCAAAGCACAUGUUAAGGAGCUUCACAGUUGGAUUGUAAAUCAAGAAAUUGAAUUAGAAAAAAUGGAGUCCAUAUGCCAGGUGCGAGCAAAGGAGCUUGAUGACUAUUUGCAGCAGCUACUGAGACUCCAGGAUGACCAUAAAAACCUGAGUAAGUGGUUGACUAACCAGGAAGAGAAAUGGAAAGCAAUGGAAGAAUCAGGAGAGAAAACUGAGCUAUUUUGCCAAGCUCUAGCUGGAAAGAGGGAACAAUUUGAAUCUAUGGCCCAGUUGAACAAGUCUUUGAAGGAAUAUGGGCUGACUGCAGAAGAAGAAAUAAUAAUGGAAUCAACACGUUUGAUUGAUCGAUACCAGGCAUUAUUGAGACAAAUAUGUGAAACGGAGGAAGAGGAUAAGUUACCUCCUGCCGAGGACCAGAGCUUUAAUGAUCUUGCACAUGAUGUAAUUCAUUGGAUAACAGGGAUUAAAGAGUCCCUUAUGGUUUUGAAUUCAUCUGAAGGCCAAAUGCCACUUGAGGAAAGAAUCCAAAAAAUAAAGGAAAUCAUUUUACGAAAGCCUGAAGGGGACGCUAAAAUACAGAUGAUCCUGAGUCAGGCUGAGAGCAGCAAGCCUCCUUUGGUUUCAAAGGCCAUUACUGAUAUCGAGAAUCAGUGGGUUAACACACUCCAUUUAGCCAACACGUAUCUAAGCCAUCAGGAAAAGCUUCUGCUAGAAGGAGAGAAAUAUUUGCAAAGUAAAGAGGAUCUGAGAUUAAUGCUCACAGAACUGAAAAAGAAACAAGAAGUGGGCUUUGCUCUGCAACAUGGUUUGCAGGAGAAGAUAGCUCAGUUAAAAAUUUAUAAGAAAUUCCUCCAGAAGGCACAAGAUUUGACAUCCUUGCUAAAGGAGUUAAAAUCUCAAGGAAAUUACCUCUUGGAAUGCACUAAAAAUCCCAACUUCAGUGAAGAGCCUUGGCUGGAAAUAAAGCAUCUACAUGAAAGUCUUCUUCAACAGCUACAGGAUUCUGUGCAAAAAUUGGAAGGUCAUGUUCAAGAACACCACUCAUACCAGGUUUGCGUCACAGACUUAAAUACCGAAUUGGACAAUUUAUCCAAGGAAUUUGUUAAUUUUUCUGAGAAGCCUGUGGAUCAAAUAGCAGUUGAGGAAAAACUGCAGGAACUACAGGAGCUGAAGAAUAGAUUCCAUUCACAAGAUAGCACAUUGGAGAAGAUUUUAGGUUUAGCAAAAUCCAUCAAGCAAAAUACAUCUUCAGUGGGACAGAAGAUUAUUAAAGAUGAUAUAAAAUCACUUAAACGUAAACACAAAGAUUUGGAAAACAGACUUGAGUCUGCUAAGCAGGAGAUGGAAAAUUAUCUCAACAGCAUUCUCAAAUCAAAAGGCUCAGCAGAAAAGAAAGAAAAGUUUACUCCGCCAGGCAGAGAGAAGCAGUUCACUUCUGAUGUGCAGGAGUCCACUCAGGACUCAGCUGCCGUGGAAGAGUUGGAGGAAGACUGGGAAAUAAACAAGAAUUCAGCUGUGGAAAUGGUUUUGUCAAAACAACUUUCUCUCAAUGCUCAAGAAAGCAUGAAAAACACUGAAGAUGAGCAGAAAGUCAAUGAGCUGCAAAAUCAACCUUUAGAAUUAGAUGUUAUGUUAAGAAAUGAACAAUUCAAAGAGAUAGAGGAACUACAUACCCAACUGGAAGCAAAGAAAGCCGCCAUUGAACCACCGGAACAAACUGAAUAUCUCAACAAAACAGAAACAGAUGCCUUGGCUCUCCACAAUACGAGGAAGUCAGUGCAGCACUUGGACAAUCUGCUUCAGGCACUUAUUACUUUGAAGAAAAAGCAAGAAAACAGAUACUGUCUCCUGAAAGCUUUUCAGGAACACCUCGCUGCAGUUGAAUCCUCGAUGAAAGCCUUGUUGACAGAAAAGGAAAGUCUAAAAGUGGGACCACUGGAUAGUGCAGCCUAUCUGGCCAAAAUUCAGAAAUUGCUGGCAUCAAUACAAAAAGAAAAAGAUUCUUUAAGCAAGAUGAAAAUUGAAUGGGAAAAUUUAUCAAAUUCCCUGACUAACAUGGAUAAGAAGUUGUUGGAAAGCCAGAUCAAGCAACUUGACCACGGGUGGGAACAAGUGGAACAACUGGUUCAAAAGAAGUAUUCUCAGCAAGCAGAGGAGCAUGAGGAGUUUACGUUUUUCAUGACUAGCAUCCAAGACCUUGACGUUUCUCUGCAGCAGCAGCAGCAGUGUCUCCAGUUAAGACUGAGCUCUCCAGAAGAGCAGGAAGGGAACCCAAGUGUGGUUGCCUUGGCCACUGAACUCCAGGCUGUCGAGCAUAGGUUUUCUGUUUUAAAGGGGCGGGCUGAACUUCAGAUGAAGAGGAUUUGGGGAGAAAAUGAAAAGAAGAUUUUGGAAGGUGCAAUAAAUAAUUUGCAGAAGCAGUUGGAAGCAUUGGAGUCAUUAAACACAGAGGUAGAAAAUCAGAUCAAGAAGUGUGAAAUAAGGAACAAGGUGAAAGAGACUCUCUUAUGGGUCAAGAAUCUGCUAGGGGAACUCACUCCUACCAUUUCCCUUCUCCCAGACGACAUUCUUGCCCAGAUCAGAAAGUGUAAAGUGACACACGAUGGCAUUCUGGAUAAGCAGCAGGCUGUGGAGUCAUUGGUUAAAGAGGUCAAAGAAAAUAUUCCCAGCCUUACAGCACAGGAGAGUGAAGAUUUAAAUCACCUCCUACAGGACUUACAAAAUCAAUGCCAAAUGCUCAUUUUAAAAUCAACUCAAAGAUCACAGCUGUUAGAAUUUAAAUUGGAAGAAAGAAGCAAGUUUGUUGCAGCAAUAGGGAAGGUUCAGCUUUCACUCCAAGGAAAUGAAAUACUGAUAAUUCCCAAAAUGGAAACAACCUCCACAGAGGCUGAACUAGAACAGCAGCAUGUCAUUUUGAGGACUUCUCAGAAGGAAUUGCAAGAAAUUGAGAGUGUAAUCUCAACACAUCUUCAGGAACUAACAAACAUUUGCAAGGAUCUAAGUGUGUUUGAAAGGUUAUUUCUGGAUGAUCAAUUGAAAAAUCUUAAGACUAGAGCCAACAGAACACAAAGAUUCAUUCAGAAUAAAUGUAAUGAAGUAGAACACAAGAUAAAUUUUUCCAGAAAAUUCCGUGAACAAACAUCCGUGCUUCAGAAGGAACUUGAUAAUAUACAGCACAGCGAACUGCUGCUAAAUCAAGAAAUAACUCAGGAUGUUAAAGAGGAGUUCUAUCGUCUUAAAGACCAACUCGCCGGAAUUCAGUCUAGCAUCCUACAAGUAUUGAAACUCAAAGAAGUGUUUGAUUAUAUGGGACUCAACUGGGAUUGUUCCCAACUGGACCAAUUACAAUCCCAAGUAUUUGAAAAAGAAAAGGAACUUGAAGAAAAAAUUAAGCAGUUGGACACAUUUAUGGUAGAAUAUGGCAAAUAUCAAGCAUCACUAAAUAAACUGAGGGCAAUGGAUCUGCAAAUUAAGAACAGGGCCGAAGCAGUACUAAAAGCCCCUAAUAUUUCACCAGAAAGCAGUCUGCUCAGUGCUCAAAUUUUGAAUCAGAGAAUCGAGAAAGCCAUGUGCUUGUAUUAUGAUAUAAUAAAGACAUUAAGUGAAAAUAAGGCCUUUAGUGACUCAUUCAAAGAGAAAGAAAUACUACAAAUAAAGCAGUAUGCAGAAGAAAAUGAUAAAUUACACAAGGUUCUGCAAAACAUAGUGCUAGAAUCCCAACCAAAAGAAAUGGAUGAAAAGGAUUUUCAGGACAAACUAGAAAAUUCCUUACAUGUGUUGAACCAGAUAAAAUCUCAGUUACAGCAGCCUUUACUUAUAAAUUUGAAAGCUGAACAUAUUCAACAUGAAAUGGAUACUUGUGAAGCAUUUCAAGAACAAGUUCAGGCAGAAAUGUAUAGUGUUAAAGCUGUAACAGUUACUGAGAAGCAAAAAGAAGAAAACUCUUCUGAAGUUAGUGAUGUGGAGACAAAAUUAUGUGACAUUGAAGACCUUCACAUGCAGCUUAAUACAAGCAUUGAUUUGCGCACAAAUGUCUUGAAUGGCGCUUAUGAAAAUAUGACAUCCUAUCAUGAGGCAGUCACCAGGGCGAUGGGGAUUGUCACUGCCCUUGAAGCCAUCAUUGCAUCCCAUAGAGUAGACCUGGAUAAUCCCGAACGAUCACUGGAGAUGCUUCGCUGGAAACAAGAGGAAUUGGAAUCUGCAAUAGCAGAAAUCCAGGACCUCACCCAGAAAUUGGGAACCAUAUCCAGCCCUGAAGCCAAAAUGCAACUUCAGGGUACUUUACAGGAAUUAGUUUCAAAGAACUCAGCCCUGAGGGAGGCAGCCAAAGUAAAGGAAGCUGAAAUAGAAAGGUGUCUCGAGAAUUACAAAUGCUAUAGAAAAAUUAAAGAGGAACUUGGCACUAACCUCAUACACAUGGAAGCAGUUCUUGGGCAGGCCAUGUCCCCAUUGCCAGUAUCCUACAAAGAAGCUUUAGAACGCUUGGAACAAAGCAAGGCCUUGGUGUCAAAUCUUAUAUCAACCAAAGAAGAGUUAAUGAAACUACGACGGGUCCUCAGACACCUGAGACCCACUUGCACAGAUAAUGAUGGCAUAUGUUUGCUCAGAACCAUGUCGACUCUGUGGGACAAAUGGCUGAGUUUGCUGGAAGCUGCUAAAGAAUGGGAGAUGUGGUGUGAAGAACUGAAGCAGGAGUGGAAAUUUGUCAGUGAAGAAAUUGAACGAGAAGCAAUUAUUUUAGAUAAUCUUCAAGAAGAACUCCCUGAAAUUUCCAAAACAAAAGAGGCAGCCACCACAGAGGAACUCUCUGAGCUCCUGGUCUGUUUAAGCCAUUAUGAAGAGAACGUGGAGAAGCAGCAUCUGCUGUUGACCCUGCUUCUUCAGCGUGUGAAAAGCAUCCAGAAUGCUCCCAAAAGCUCAGGGGCUGUGGACACGGUUCCGGUAGUUCAAGAGAUUACAGCCAUGCAAGAACGAUGCGAUAAGCUUUUUCAGAAAGCUCAAAAAAAUAAGGAACUGAUGCAGAAUGAAAUCCAGGAAAGACAUUCUUUCACAAAAGAAAUAAUUACUUUGAAGAAUCUAUUUCAACAGACCACAGCUUCUUUCCAAAAUAUGGAAUUACAAGACCACCUACAAAAGGCAGAACAAUUUGAGGAGCUUCAAAGCAUUUUUAAGAAAGGGAAGCUAACUUUUGAAAAUAUUAUGGAAAAACUCCGAAUCAAGUAUUCUGAAAUGUACACCAUAGUUCCCGCAGAGAUUGAAUCCCAGGUGGAAGAAUGCAGAAAAGUUUUAGAAGACGUAGAUGAGAAGAUUAGUAAUGAAGUCUUGAAAAGUUCACCAUCGUAUGCAAUGAGGAGAAAAAUAGGUGAAAUUAACAAUGGGCUUCAUAAUGUUGAGAAGAUGUUGCAGCAGAAAAGCAAGAAUAUUGAGAAAGCGCAAGAAAUUCAAAAGAAAAUGUGGGAUGAGCUAGAUCUCUGGCAUUCCAAGCUGAAUGAGCUGGAUUCUGAAGUUCAGGACAUUGUUGAACAGGAUCCAGGACAGGCUCAAGAAUGGAUGGAUAACUUGAUGGUUCCUUUCCAGCAGUAUCAGCAAGUGUCACAGAGAGCAGAAUCUAGAACCUCACAGUUAAAUAAGGCCACAAUUAAGAUGGAGGAAUAUCAUGAUCUUCUGAAGAGUACUGAGGCUUGGAUAGAAAACACCAGUCGUUUGCUGGCUAAUGCUGCCGACUCUGACUCUUCAAAGACACUGAGUCACCGUGCUAGCGUCCUCCAGAUGGCUUUGGAAGAUUCAGAACAGAAGCACAAUCUUUUGCAUUCAGUUUUCACUGACCUAGAAGACUUGUCAAUAAUUUUUGAAACAGAUGAUUUAGCACAGUCUAUACAAGAGUUAAGUCAUCAAGUAGCAGAUUUACAGCAAAACAUCAUGCAAAGCCUUCCGCAGAUUCAGCGAAUGGCUGAUGAUGUGGUUGCUAUUGAAACUGAAGUAAAAUCAAUGGAGAAAAGAGUUUCAAAAAUCAAAACCAUCCUAUUAUCAAAAGAAAUAUUUGAUUUUUCACCUGAAGAACAUCUUAAACAUGGGGAGGUCGUACUUGAACAUAUACAUCCUAUGAAGAAAACCAUUGCUGAAAUAAUGUCUUAUCAAGUGGAACUGAGGUUACCCCAGACAGGAAUGAAACCUCUGCCUGUGUUUCAGCGGACAAAUCAGCUUUUACAAGAUAUAAAACUAUUGGAAAAUGUGACCCAGGAACAGAACGAGUUACUAAAGAUAGUCAUAAAACAAACUAAUGACUGCGAUGAGGAAAUGGAAAAUUUGAAACAGAUCUUAAAUAAUUAUUCCACUGAGUUCUCCCGUGAACAUACGUCGCGAGGCCAAGCUGCCAACCUGCCACAAGUACAGGGAGAAAUCGAAGGUAUUGAAAUGCAGGUUAUGAGUUUGAACCAGAAAAAAGAAGACCUGCUGGUGGAAUUAAAGGCUGCUGUGUUAAAACUUCACCAGCAUUUACAGCAAGAACAGCAAGAAUUAGAAAAAGAAAUGCUGUCGGCUGGAGCAUCAGAAGAGGAUGGAGUAGCUGAGAGGGAUGUUUCUGAGUGGAAGUUGAACAGAACAGGCUCCAUGGCGUUCCUGCCAGCAGUCAAGGAAGAAGUGGAAGAGAGCUCGCUGAAGAGUGAAAAUGGAGAUAAGAGAGCAGAGCCGUCUUCCGGGUCUUGGUCUUUCCUUGGGAAGCAUGACAAGGACAUGGAGGACGACGAUAGAGCAUCCUCUUCCUCUGGAACCAUCGUUCAGGAGGCAGCUGGGAAAAUGAGCACGUGUGACAGUUCCGUGGCACACACUCUUGUGCCAGGCUCACUAAACACUGAUCCAGGCCCAGAAUUUUCCCUGAGCCCCAAACAAACAGAAGAGGGUGCCACACCUCCUGUCAAGUCUGCAGCUCUGGGCUUUUCUGACAAGCAAGGAGCUUUUGAGGCCACGGUGGAGAAUCCUAGGCCUGAGCCUGCAGAAGUCCUCCAUGUCUGCAAGACCCAGGUGGCCAAGCUGGAGCUGUGGCUGCACGAAGCCAACGUGGCAUUCGAGCCAGAAACAUUAAACGCAGACAUGCAGCAGGUGGUGGAGCAACAGCUGGUCGGGUGCCAGACGAUGCUAACAGAGAUUGAACACAAGGUUGCCUCUCUGUUAGACAAUUGCAAAGAUCAGGUCUUGGGAGAUAGUGGAGCCACUCAACAAGAGGCUGAAGCACUUUCCUUGAAACUGAAAACUGUGAAGUGCAAUUUGGAAAAAGUCCAGCUGAUGCUGCAGGAGAAAUACAGUGAGGACCAGCAUUCUACCAUUCCAAAGAAACCUUCAAAGCAUCAAAAAGUUCUCCAAACACAUAACCUUUCUGAAUUUGAAUCUGUUAUAAUGGAAAGGCCACAAUUCAGCAGACAAAAAGAUUUCCAGCAACAACAGGUUCUGGAGUUGAAACCAAUGGAACAGAAAGACUUAAUCAAAUUCAUAGAAUUCAAUGCCAAGAAAAUGUGGCCCAAGUUUUGCCAACACGAUAAAGAUACAACUCAGAAAUCAUCUGUGAGUGAUGAGGCAUCGAGCCCUGAAAAUGAUGCCUCAGACUCAGUCUUGUCAACUCAGAGCCAAAGUGGAGCUAAGUGGCAAUAUUUAGAUCAUGAACUCGCGUCAAAGAUAAGGCCGCCUCUUCCUGAACUUGUGGCGCCUCAGGUUGCCACAGAUACAAGUGUUCUACCUAGCAUGAGUGUUUAUAACUUUAGAUACCCAACGACUGAAGAACUGAAAACUUACACCACCCAACUUGAAGACCUGCGUCAACAAGCCAAUAAUCUUCAGACACAGGAAAACAUGACCGAAGAAACAUACAGAAACUUGGAUAAAAAAUUAUUUGAACUAUUUCUGACCCUCAGUCAGUGCCUGGGAGGUGUAGAGCAGAUGCUGCAGACACCUGAGCUCGUCAGAGAGGAUGUUUGUGCGCAGCAGGUGCACUCCGAGACACUGGCUCUUGAGCUGAAAAAACUUUACUUAGCUCUGAGUGACAAGAAAGGUGAUCUUUUGAAAGCCAUGGCUUGGCCUGGCAAGAACACCAGCGUGUUCCCUGAAUGUUUUGAUAGCCUCCAAGUUUACAUAGAGCACACUGAGGCUGCAGCUGCAUCGAGAAGCAAGUCCCUGAAAGCUGGCCUCGACUAUAACCGCAGUUACCAGAAUGAAAUAAAGCGAUUAUAUGACCAACUUAUUAAGAAUAAAACAUCUUUACAACAAUCUUUGAAUGAAAUUAGUGGCCAGAGUACUGAUGAACUGUUUCAGAAAGCAGAUGCAUAUACCCUGGAGCUGCAGAACGCUGAGAGCCGUGUGGCGAAAUUAAGAGCCGAAGGGGAGAGGCUUCGUUUACCUUAUGCUUUACUCCAAGAGGUUUACAAAUUAGAGGAUGUACUUGACAGUAUGUGGGAUAUCCUGAGAGCCAGGUACUCAGAACUCAGCAGCCCUUUCAUCAGUGAGAGCCAGCAAGAUGCUUUGUUGCAAGGCAUGGUGGAACUAGUGAAUAUCGGAAAGGAAAAGCUUGCUCAUGGCCACUUACAACAAACCAAAAAUAAAGUUGCUUUACAGGCUCAAAUACAAAAUCACAAGCUUUUUUUCCAGAAGCUUGUUGCUGACAUGCUGUUGAUCCAAACAUACUCCAACAAAAUGCUUCCUCCUUUAUUGCAAAAGAAAGAGUCAUUUUGGGCAGAACAAGUAAAAGAGGUUAAAUUACUCGAAGAAAAGUCACACCAGUGUGGAAUAAAGCUGCAGAGUUUGUUGCAGAAAUGGGAAGACUUUGAUGAAAACUAUGCGUCUCUUGAGAAGGACCUGGAAAUUCUUGUCUCUACAUUGCCCUCUGUGAGUUUGGUGGAAGAGACAGAGGAAAGAUUAGUGGAAAGGAUUUCAUUUUACCAGCAAAUAAAAAGAAACAUGGAUGAGAAGCAUGCCCGGCUUUACCAGACUCUGAAUGAAGGCAAACAGCUGGUGGCGUCCGUGAGCUGUCCUGAGCUAGAGGGCCAGAUUGCAAAACUGGAAGAGCAGUGGUUGUCCCUGAACAAAAAAAUUGACCAUGAACUACACAGACUACAAACGCUUCUCAAGUAUCUGCUCAGUUACAACAGAGAUUCAGAUCAGUUAACCAAGUGGCUGGAAUCUUCUCAACAAACUCUGAACUAUUGGAAAGAACAGUCCCUCAAUGUGUCUCAGGACUUGGAUACAGUCAGAAGCAACAUAGACACUUUUUUUGAGUUUUCAAAGGAACUCGAUGAAAAGUCCUCCUUGAAAACUGCAGUUAUAAGUACUGGGAACCAACUUCUUCACCUGAAAGAAGCUGACACGGCUACACUGAGAGCUUCUUUAGCACAGUUUGAACAACAGUGGACAAUGCUCAUAACUCAGCUUCCAGAUAUUCAAGAAAAACUUCACCAGCUUCAGAUGGAGAAAUUGCCAUCUCGUAAAGCAAUCACAGAAAUGAUUAGCUGGAUGAACAAUGUGGAACAUCAAGCCGCAGAUGAAGACUCUGAGCUUUCACUGAGUUCUGCAUCUCAAGUUAAAAAUCUUCUUCACAAGUACAAGGAGUUUAGAAUGGAAAUGGACUAUAAACAGUGGAUAGUUGAUUUUGUUAACCAGUCAUUACUUCAGUUAAGCACCUGUGAUGUAGAAAGUAAGCGCUAUGAAAGAACGGAGUUUGCUGAGCACCUGGGAGAGAUGAACCGCCAAUGGCAGCGGGUCCAUGGAACACUAAAUAGAAAGAUACAACGUUUAGAACAACUUUUGGAAAGUGUCACUGAGAAUGAAAACAAAAUACAGAUUUUGAACAACUGGAUGGAGGUGCAAGAGGAGAGACUGAAAACUUUACAAAAACCUGAAAGUGUGAUCUCGGUGCAGAAGAUGCUCCUGGAUUGUCAGGAUAUAGAAAACCAACUUGCAAUUAAAUCCAAAGCACUGGAUGACUUGAGACAAAGUUACCUGACUUUGGAGAGUGGGACACGGCCAUUGUUAGAAGAUACAGCAUCCAGAAUCGACGGGUUAUUUCAAAAGAGGAGCACUGUUGUCAACCAGGUCAAUGAACUCAAAACCUCCAUGCAGUCCAUGUUACAGGAGUGGAAGAUUUAUGAUAAACUCUAUGAUGACGUCACUACGAUGACAGUUCGGUUCCAGUACUGCCUGGAACACAGCAAACCUGUGGUUUUAUCACUGGAGGCCUUGAGAUGCCAGGUGCAGAACCUUCAGGCUCUACAAGACGAAGCUGAGAGCUGUGAAGGGAAUUGGCAGAAACUCCAGGAGUUGAUUGGAAAACUCAAAGAUCACUGUCCCUCAGUGGCUGAAAUAGUCAAAGAAAAGUGCCAAGACACUCACACGAGGUGGACCCAGGUAAACCAAGACAUUGCAGACGAGCUGCAAAAGGCCCAGGUUCUGCUGCAGCUCUGGACGGCCUAUACCAGCGCUUACACUGAAGGGGAAGCAAGGCUGGAGCAGCAGGAAGCAAAGUACCGACAGCUCGCAAACAUCAACAUGUCUGGAAACAACCUGCAAGAGAUCCUGACCCCGGCCCUGCAGGACAUAAAGGAGCUUCAGCAUGAAGUGCAAAAGACAAAAGAAGCCUUUCUCCAAAAUUCCACUCUCCUGGAUCGAUUCCCACAAUCUACAGAGUCUGACACCCAUGUGCUCCUCUCUGGUCAACAACACUCACUCCAGAGGGCUUCUUACUUGGAAAAGAUGCUGCUUGUGAAAGCAAAUGAAUUUGAGUUUGUUCUAUCACAGUUCAAGGAUUUCGGGGGCCGGUUGGAAUCCUUAAAAGGUCUUAUUCUGCACGAAGAAGAGAAUUUGGAUAAACUCUACCAGCAAGAAAAAGAAGAAAAUCCUGACUUAUACCUGAAUCACGUGCUGGCACUGACAGCCCUGUCACCUGAUGUUGAACAUCUGAAUGAAGUAAGCCUCAAGCUCCCCCUUAGUGACGUAGCUGUAAAGACACUGCAAAACGUGAACCGGCAGUGGAUUCGGGCCACAGCAACAGCACUGGAACGCUGCAGUGAGCUUCAGGGAAUUGGAUUAAAUGAAAAGUUUAUUUACUGCUGUGAAAAGUGGGUCCAACUUUUGGAGAAGAUAGAAGAGAUGCUCAAGGGGAAUAUUGCUGACAGCCUUCCAGCUCUCCGAGAACAGCAGAAAGCAUAUGAGAUGUUAGGAGCUGAAGUUUCUAUAAACCAGACAACUGCUGAUUCCUAUGUCACCCAGUGCUUACAACUCUUGGACACAAUAGAAAUAGAGAAGAGACCGGAAUUUGUUUCGAAGUUCACUAAGCUGAAGGACCAGUGGCAGAGUGCCGCCUGGGUCGUUCAGCGGAGGAAGAGUGAGACCAAUGGGCUGGUGAGGCAAUGGCAGUACUUCACCACCUCCGAGGAAGCCUUGCUUCGCUUCCUCACCGACACCAACCACCUGCUGUCGGCAGUGAAGAGCCAGAAUUGCUAUAGCCUCUACCAAGCUAGAAGUCUGAUCCAUGAGCUGAAGAAUAAAGAAAUUCAUUUUCAGAGAUGGCAAACCACCUAUGCACUAACCCUGGACGCUGGGGAAAAGUUACAGAACACAGCUAACCUGGAAAAUAAAGAUUCUAUUGACAAGAGAAUCAGUCAACUUCAGGACAGCUGGAAGGACACGAAGCUCCGAGUGGGAGAGAUGACUAAACAUUUCCAGAGCAUUGUCGAGACCUGGGACCAGUGUGAAAAGAAAAUCAAAGAGUUGAAAAGCAGGCUGCACGUUUUAAAGGCACAAAGUAAAGAUCCUCUUCCAGAACUUCAUGAGGACCUCCACAAAGAAAAAGAACUGAUUAAGGAACUAGAGAAGUCGUUGGCUAACUGGACUCAGAACUUGAAAGAACUUCACACUAUGAAGACCGACUUAGCCCAGCACGUUCUUGUGGAGGACGUGGUGGUUUUGAAGGAGCAAAUAGAGCAUUUGCACAGACAAUGGGAGGAUCUCUGCUUAAGAGUGGCUAUACGCAAACAGGAGAUUGAAGACAGACUCAAUUCAUGGAUUGUGUUCAAUGAAAAAAAUAAAGAGUUGUGUGCAUGGCUGGUGCAGAUGGAAAACAAAGUUCUACAAACAGCAGAUAUUAGUAUUGAAGAAAUGAUUGAAAAGUUACAGAAGGACUGCAUGGAAGAAAUAAACGUGUUCAGUGAAAACAAGUUACAGUUAAAGCAAAUGGGUGACCAGUUGAUCAAGGCCAGCAAGACGACAAGAGCAGCUGAAAUUGAUGACAAGCUCAGCAAAAUUAACGACCGCUGGCAGCAUCUUUUUGAUGUCAUUGGAUCAAGGGUGAAGAAGCUGAAGGAGACCUUUGCGUUUAUUCAGCAGUUAGACAAAAACAUGAGCAACCUCCGCACCUGGUUGGCUCGAAUUGAGUCAGAGCUUUCUAAACCCGUUGUGUAUGACGUCUGUGACGAUCAAGAGAUCCAGAAGAGGCUCGCCGAGCAGCAGGACCUGCAGCGAGACAUUGAACAACACAGUGCAGGGGUGGAGUCUGUGUUUAACAUCUGUGAUGUCCUGCUGCAUGACUCUGAUGCCUGUGCCAAUGAGACGGAGUGUGACUCCAUCCAGCAGACCACCAGAAGCCUGGACAGACGCUGGAGGAACAUUUGUGCCAUGUCAAUGGAGCGGCGAAUGAAAAUCGAGGAGACAUGGCGCCUGUGGCAGAAGUUUUUAGAUGAUUACUCCCGCUUUGAGGACUGGCUCAAGUCCGCUGAGAGAACAGCGGCCUACCCAUAUUCCUCAGAAGUAUUGUACACAAACGCCAAAGAAGAGCUGAAGAGAUUUGAGGCCUUCCAGCGGCAGAUCCAUGAGAGGCUCACUCAGCUGGAGCUCAUCAACAAGCAGUACCGGCGGCUGGCCCGGGAGAACCGCACCGACACAGCCAGCCGACUGAAGCAGAUGGUCCACGAGGGCAACCAGCGCUGGGACAACCUCCAGAAGCGGGUCACAGCCAUCCUGCGGAGACUCAGACAUUUCACCAAUCAAAGGGAAGAAUUUGAGGGGACCAGGGAAAGCAUUCUGGUGUGGCUCACGGAGAUGGACCUGCAGCUGACCAACGUGGAGCACUUCUCCGAGAGCGACGCCGACGACAAGAUGCGCCAGCUAAACGGUUUCCAACAGGAAAUUACGUUAAAUACCAACAAGAUUGAUCAGCUCAUCGUUUUUGGGGAGCAGCUAAUUCAGAAGAGUGAGCCCCUGGAUGCCGUGGUGAUUGAAGAUGAGUUGGAGGAACUGCACCGGUACUGUCAGGAAGUGUUUGGCAGGGUCUCCCGAUUCCACCGGCGGCUGACCUCCCAUGCUCCGGGCUUGGAAGAUGAAAAGGAGGCAUCUGAGAAUGAAACGGACAUGGAAGACCCCAGAGAGAUCCAGACUGACGCUUGGCGUAAGAGGAGAGAGAUCGAGGAGCCGUCUUCUCCUCAGUCUCUUUGCCAUCUAGUGCCCCCAGCACCGGGGCCUGAGCGGUCUGGCUGCGAGACCCCUGUCAGCGUGGACUCCAUCCCUCUGGAGUGGGAUCACACAGGUGACGUGGGGGGCUCCUCCUCUCACGAAGACGACGAGGAGGGCCCAUACUACAGUGCACUGUCAGAUGUAGAAAUCCCUGAAAAUCCUGAGGCAUAUCUUAAAAUGACCACAAAAACUUUGAAAGCGUCUUCUGGUAAAUCCAUUUCUGAGGGCCACUCGUGGCACGUUCCUGACAGUCCUUCCUGUCCCAAGCAUCGCUACAAACAAAUGGGAGGUGAUACGAAUCUACAACCCAUCCCCUCAGAUGCCAGCCCCCCUUACAAGCCAGCCUAUGUAAAGCUGCUGUCUCCAGGCACCGACGGUGGCAAAGAAGGCCCAAGAGUCGUGAGUGGCAGCCCACAGCAGGAGGACGAGGCACUGGCCAGCCCACCUGGGCAGCAGUCAGGAGCUUUUGACAGAUGGGAGCUGAUUCAAGCACAACAACUUCACCAGAAACUCAGAAUAAAACAAAACUUGCAGCAGCUGAACUCUGAUAUCAGCGACAUCACCACCUGGCUGAAAAAAACUGAAGCUGAGCUAGAAACAUUCAAGAUGGCAGAGCCUCCCUCUGAUAUCCAGGAAAUGGAACUCAGAGUGAAGAGACUGAAGGAGAUAUUAAAAGCCUUUGACACCUACAAGGCUUUAGUGGUCUCUGUCAACCUGAGCAGCAGGGAAUUUCUGCAGACCGGGGGCGCCGAGUCCAGAGAGCUCCAGGAUAGAGUCGGCCAGCUGAGGCUGCACUGGGACACAGCACAGGGCGCAGUGGACAGCUGGAGAGAGGGCUUACAGCAGUCACUCAUGCAGUGCCAGGACUUCCACCAGCUGAGUCAAAAUUUGCUACUGUGGUUAGCAAGUGCCGAGAGCCGGAGGCAGAAGGCUCAUGUCACUGACCCAGAGGCAGACCCCCAGGUUCUCCUGGAGUGUCAGGAAGAACUGAUGCAACUAGAAAAGGAGCUAAUGGAACGUCAACCUCAAGUAAACGCCUUACAAGAGAUUUCAGACACCCUCCUUAUGAAGGGGCGUGGAGAAGACUAUAUUGAGGCUGAAGAGAAGGUACACGUUAUCGAGAAGAAACUCAAACAGUUACUUGAUCAAGUGUCCCAAGACUUAAUGUCCUUGCAGGGAAGCCAGCGCCCAGACCCCUCUCUGCUCGGCUUGGACGAGGUAGAUGCUGGAGACCAGCCUCCAGCAGCAUGUGUGCCAGCUUCCCAGGCAAAGUUCGGAGAAGAGAGAACUCCGAAAGGCAAGACCCAGACAGACAGCAGGGCGCCCGGACCCGCUGACCCAGGCAGCUCCAGGCCGCAGCGCUCCUUCCUCUCCCGCGUGAUCAGGGCAGCGCUCCCCCUCCAGCUGCUGCUCCUGCUGCUGCUGUUCCUGGCCUGCCUGCUGCCCUCUUCCGAAGAGGACUACAGCUGCACUCAGGCCAACAACUUCGCCAGGUCCUUUUACCCCAUGCUGAGGUACACCAAUGGGCCACCGCCCACAUAGAGGGCUCAUCCUGGCUGCCAGCACCACCCCACCAGCCUGUUUACAUGGUGCCUGACUGACUCAUGGCCCCACACCCACCUGUGAGUGACUGAGUAAUGGCAUGGUCCAGGGACCUGCUUCGGACACCUUCCUCAGGGCCUGGCCAGAGAGGGCUCUCUCGGAACCCAGGGCAGCUUUCAAAUGAUCUUCCCCCAGGGCAGGGAACCUGGGCAGCCAUUGCCUCGGGCAGUUUGGCAAAGCUGGUUAACCAGUUUUGGGAUCUGUGGAAACUGCAGUUUCCUGAAGAGCCAAGCACUUUGUGAAUUCUGAUUUAUUUGUAAAACAACAUUAUUAAACUGUAGCUAAUACAGUCAAUGAACAGUAGUGUUCUUCACAUCGUAUAUGUUCUAGAAACAAGCAGAUUCUGCCUUAGAAAUGAUUCAGAAAUUCCCACAAACCCUUGGCUGAUGGAUUGAAACAAUCAUAUUUUAAAUGUUUAGAAUUAAUUUUACUCCAAUCAGCUAGCAAUCUUAAGCUACAGGUUAUAAGACCAAAACGUUCUGUUCAGUACUUAGGUCUGCUCUUUUAUAUUGCUUUAAGUUGAUAAAGAAAUUAUACUGCAUGGACGUGGUUAUUUGUGCAUAUUUUUAACAAUGCUGAAUCUGUAUGAAUAAUGUAAACUUUGAUUUUUUUUUUAAGAAAAUCAGAUUUUAGCUUGAGCUUUUGACUAAUGUACAGUAAAUGCCAAACAACAUACUUGAUAAGGACAUUUUUGUAAGUUAAUUUUAUAAGACUUUUCACAUUUAAAGUGAUGCUUCAGGUUUUAACUGUUUGGCCACAGGGGGUUUGGUAAGCUACCUGAAGCUGUUUGUCUAUGUACAACUCAGAUUUUUCUCAUUAAAACAAAAAUAGCCAUA